AUGUCCCGAGACCUAAUCGAUAAACCCCAAGACGUCCACGACAGCUCAAGAGAAAAAGAAAUUGCAUCUGCAGGAGACGGGCCAUCCUCCAAGAAGGCUCGCCUGCUGAAGGUUCCUUCGAGAUCAUCGUCCAAGAAGCGCCAAUCGUCACCUACCUCGACGGGGCUGAGCGGAGCGACUGCGAGCGAAUCCAGAGAUAGCAUCGGUGGGCGCUCGAAAGAGUCAAAGGCAAGCAUUAUGGGUCGCCACAGGAACGGAAGUGUGUCCAGCAACCGAUCGGCUGUCGAUGCUAGCCAGGCGGCAAACCCUGGCAACUCGGUGCCGAAUUCUUCCAGCGCGCCAGUCCAGCGGAAAAAGAAGGGCGGCCUGCUGUCCCUGUUCUGCUGCGGCGUUCCUGACGAUGCUCACCCGGUGGACAACGAACCGGCCGACGCCCCGACUCACAAGGUCGAGAAGCUGCCCCCGCGGCCGACAACCGCCAGCCGAAGGGCGCAGACGCCUUCUGAGCACACCGCUGCCAGCAAGUCCCAGGCGCAGGAGAAAGAUGUGGCGCAGACACAAAAUCCUCCUGAGCCCUCUAGGGCGCAGAGGGUCUCAGGGACAACGACCCAGGACCAAUCGACCCUCGCAGAGGAAUCGAAACAAUCAACCCUGAUUGGAACAGCUCCGACGGUGACUGUCGAUCCACCUCGCUCACAAGACGCCGAGGCCGGGGGAUCAGCUUCGGAAGCUCCUGCUGCCAAGGACGGGGAUGGCGAUACCGAAAUGGUGGAUGCUGCUGCCCUCCAGGCGCCGGAGCCACCACAACCUGUUGACACAGAAGACCUGCCGCCUCCACCUGUUCCUAUGCCAGACGCACCCGCCGCGCCUCAGAACGAGGGUGGAUUGGUCGCUGCGUCAGAGCAGCCACCUCAGGACGCCUUGUUGCCGCCAAUACAACCACAUUUCAAGGGCAGGAAGUGUCUGGUCCUCGAUCUGGACGAGACCUUGGUCCACAGUUCUUUCAAGAUUCUCCACCAAGCCGACUUCACGAUACCCGUGGAAAUCGAGGGUAACUAUCACAACGUCUACGUGAUCAAGCGACCAGGCGUAGACCAGUUUAUGAAGAGAGUGGGCGAGCUCUAUGAGGUUGUCGUGUUCACAGCGUCGGUGUCCAAGUACGGCGACCCUCUGCUGGAUCAACUGGACAUCCACGGUGUCGUCCACCACAGAUUAUUCCGGGAGAGUUGCCACAACCACGGCGGCAAUUACGUAAAGGACCUCGCCAAGAUCGGUCGAGACCUGAAGGACACAAUCAUCAUCGACAACUCCCCUACAUCCUACAUUUUCCACCCACAACAUGCCGUCCCCAUAAGCAGCUGGUUUUCCGACGCGCACGAUAACGAGCUCCUAGACUUGAUACCCGUCCUUGAAGACCUUGCCGGCUCGAACGUGCAAGACGUCAGCCUUGUCCUCGACGUGACUCUUUGA